CUCAGCUCAAUCGCAGCCACCAAAGAGAGCCCUUUGAAGAUACUCAGCUAAGUGAAGUGAAAGUGCUAGACCCGUAGAACGAAGAAUGAGCUCAUGGGUUUGCUCUUACGUGACUCGAAACGUCGUAAUCUCCGAUUAUUCACAUCGUUUCUCAUCAAUCAAACACUUUAAUUUCCCGGCGACGGUUCCGAGAAGAUCCGUCACCUUUCCGGUGACAAAUAAGCCGAGGUUUCCGCCUUUGAAACUCCAAAAGUCUCGAUCUUCGUCGACCCAUGAAGUUGAAGAAGACCCAGAAUCAUUCGUACAAUCCCUCACGAUCCCAGACGAGUGGUUGCUUCCUUCUAGGGCCAUUGAGGAAUCUGAGUGGUUGAGAGUAGCAUUACACAAAUGGUUGGAUGAUGAGUAUUGCCCUGAGCCAACCAAUGUUGUGAUCAGUGAAGUAGCUGCAAAGUCUUACUACAGCUCAUUGCUAGAGAAAGAAACUGAUGUGGGAGAGAUUUUGAUGAAGAUGGCUCAAGAUUUAACCUCAAUUUCAUACAAAGAAAGCUUCCAUGGAGCUUUCACAUCCGCAAAUGCAGCUAUAGAUUUGAUUGUCGAAAGAGUAGAAACUGGCCUACUCUAAUCUAGUAUAGUUUAGUUUAGCGUUUAAAAGUUCAAGAACAGUGUCUUUGUACAUUAUGAAUUUGAGUUUUUUUAUUUCA